AUGUUGGACUUACUCUCAAAAGAUCGAAUAGUCAACGAGGCAGGCCUCAGAACCGCCUUGCAUCAUCUGGACACAAUCGUUUCAAGUUCAGGAGCAACCGCAUUACAAGUUACGGUCAAGCAUAUGUUGUCGUCACCCUAUGUUUUUGCAUAUAUUAUUUCUGUUUGGGAUCGCCGUGAGGCAAUGAUCUCACAGAUCAUGACAGAUUUUCCAAGGAGACCCCAAGAAUAUCCAACAUCCGUUGCGAGAACGAUGCUAGACAACCUGUCUAUGUACUUUCUAGCUUUUCCAGCUGAGUCUCUAGCGACGGAUGUCUCUAGGGACAUCACCCGUCACAGAGGCUUCGUCGAGGACGCUUUACCUGUACUUUGCGCGUUGACCACUAUGAAAUUUUCUGGUGCAGGAUCGUUUGAUGACGAGAUUGGUGUUUGCGACGAAUCUGAUGACGGAUUCGUCAAGAAGAAAGUGCCUCAGAAAAUGCGCAAGCGCAAUCGCCCGAAAGCUCAUACGUCUAUCGACGCAUCUCUCUUCCUGAGGCUUGAUGUGGCUAUGCCUCUCACGAACGAGGCUGCCGCAUCAUUGUCUACUCACAUUCUUACGAAGCUGAAAAAUGCUCUCUUGGUGACUCUCCGUAAGUUCUAUCUCUCGCUUCUGCGGAGGACGGAAUUGGCAGGCGACAUUAAAGCCUUACUCCUCCCAAACGUGGGCGAGUCUGCCAAAGAUGUUGCGCCUGAGGUUUCGUCAACCGAGGAUGUUGAGAGCCCAACAACCCGACCCAAAGCGUACCAAAUGGUGCAGCCUAUGAAGGCCGCGCUUUACUUUGAGAACGCGGACGGGUUCGGAGAGUGGCGAAUCCUCAUAUCUACGGAGGCCUACAAAAAUUUGCGUGAAUUGCGUGAAUCAGAAAAGAAGAUAUUCAAGAUCAUCGUCGGGAAGAUCAAAGAACUAUCGAAUGGUCAUUUUUCAGACGAUAAUCACAAGCGACUCAACGGGCCGGAUGCAGGCAUACCCAUCUACGAUGCCAAGAUCACAAAGGACCUACAAUUGGUGUACCAAAUUGAUUGUGUUCCUGACCAGGACGGAAAGGUAUACGGUAUUUAUACGCAUGCACAACCUGGCAACAUAUGGGAUGCCUUGGGUAGCCAUCUCGCAUGCAAGGGCAGAGAAUAUCGUAGAAGGUGUAUCUUUCGGAAUAGACCUGUCCUUUCUAAAGACGGCGUGAUUCUGCCUGCAUCAUUCCCAUCAGCUGAACCCGAGCCAGAAUGCUCAGGAGGCCCACUUAAUUUUAGUGAUAAGGAUAUGGACCGAGUUGAUUUGGAGAAAUAUGUCACAUUCUCGCAAGCGUUCCUGCAUAGUCUUAUCGCAAACCAAGACGUACAGCACGUCUUUAUGCUCACACCCCAAGAACAAAAGAUUGUCGAGUGUACCGCGUCAUGUUACGUUUUGGGUCGCAGCGGCACGGGAAAAACCACGACGAUGCUGUUCAAGAUUCUCGGCAUUCAGCGAGCUUGGGAGAUGAGUGCCACCGACAUGCCGAAGCCACGCCAGAUCUUCGUCACCAAAUCCAGAGUGCUCGCUACGAAAGUAGAAGAGUAUUUCGCGAAGCUUCUCGAAUCUCUGGCAUUAGCAGGCUAUACCCUGGAGGAACUUGCAAAAACGAAGGCACGAAGUGCUCAGGAGGGCCUUGUUGAUCUCGACGACCUGCCCGAAUCACAGAUGAAUAUACCGAUGAGGUACAGCGGACUUGAGGAUAAACACUUUCCUCUUUUUCUAACUUUCGAUCGACUGGCGAAAAUGAUCGCGGCAGAUGUCUUGGACGAGAAAGAUAGUGCAGGAGCUUUCUUCAAUGUCGACGAUGCUGACGCGCAUGACUGUUUCGUCACCUAUGACGUGUUCGCAAAUCAAUACUGGCCUCAUUUUCCACAGAAUCUCAGCAAGAAUCUCAAUCCGUGGUUGGUUUUCAGCGAAUUCAUGGGAAUCAUCAAAGGCUCCGAACACGCAUUGACCUGUCCUGAAAGAGUUCUCGAUCGCCCAACCUACCUCCUUCUUCCUCAUCGUUCUAACCCAAAUUUUGCGAAUCAGAGGGGAAUUCUGUACGACAUGUUCGAGUAUUAUACGAAAAUCAAGAGGCAGCGACGUCAUCAUGAUGUCGCAGACCGCACGCAUGCAAUACUCCAUGUCUUCAGGAGCAAGAAGUUCCCUGUCCAACAGAUCGAUUAUUUGUAUGUCGACGAAGCACAAGACAACCUUCUGAUCGACGCACUCUUUUUAAGGCAAUUAUGCAAGAAUCCAGACGGUUUGUUCUGGGCCGGGGACACCGCACAGACGAUUUCUGCAGGGAGUUCCUUCAGAUUUGAUGAUCUGAAAGCGUUUCUCUACCGUGUUGAGCAGCAGCAGCAAAAUAUCUCGGUCAAUUCCGCUGGAGCGUGUCUUCGUCAGCCUGCGAUGUUUCAAUUGGCGAUCAACUACAGAUCGCACUGUGGAAUCGUCAACUGCGCAAGUUCUGUGAUCGAACUCAUCACAAAGUUUUGGCCCAACACAAUCGAUAAUCUUCGGCCAGAAAAGGGGGUGGUUGACGGGCUGAAGCCUGUAUUUUUUACUGGUUGGGAUAAAGACGCCGUUGAUUAUAAACAGUUCCUGUUUGGGGAGAGCGGCAAGCACAUUGAGUUCGGAGCCGAGCAAUGCAUUCUCGUGCGUGACGAUGCAGCACGUCAGAAGUUACGAGACCAAGUUGGUCAAAUUGGACUAAUUAUGACGCUUUAUGAGAGCAAAGGCCUAGAAUUUAAUGAUGUGCUGCUGUACAACUUUUUCGAGGAUUCUGCUGUAGAUCUCUCGCGAUGGCGCGUGGUUCUCAACGGGGUAGACGGUCAAGGAUAUGCACCGAACUUUGAACGAGACGAGGCGCGAUACGCUGGGGUUUGUAGCGAGCUCAAACUUCUUUAUGUGGGGAUCACUCGAGCAAGGAAGAACAUAUGGAUUGUUGACAAAUCUGACAGAUCGGAGCCGAUGCGUAUAUUCUGGACGUCUCGCAAUCAGAUCCAGAAUUGUACCCCCGGCACAGAUGUCCCUCAUCUAGCCGUCUCCUCGACUGCGGAAGAAUGGGCGUCCUUCGGGCGCUCACUAUUCUCGCACAAGCGCUACUCGCAGGCUAUUCACUGCUUCGAACGUGCCAACCUUCAUCGUGAAGCGAAGGUUUGUGAAGCAUAUGAACUACGAGAAGUCGCACGUUCUAGUGUCGGAGCGCCCUCACUCAGCGACCAAAAAAGAGCUUUUAACGUGGCCGCCGAUGCCUUUACUGAUUGCGCGGCGACCGCGACAGGAAACCAGAAGCUCCAGUAUUAUCGUAACUCGGCGGGUUGCUACGUUCGAGCAGGGAAUGAUCUCAAAGCUGCUAAGGCCUAUCUCAAUGCUCAAGAGUUCGAGCAAGCAGCGAAAAGGUAUCGCAAGGCUGGACGGUUCGACAAGACCCUCCAUGUCCUUAAUGACCAUGGCACGGAUAUACCUGAAGAGACCAAGACGGAGUUAUGGACUGUGUGCAGACUGUUUUACUGCAGCAGAAGCAACGCUCAGCCCCCCUUGCCCCUCUUCUCGACAUUUGAUGAGGAACUCGAAUUUCUGGAGGACUAUGAUCUCGAUGACGCUCGUGCCUCACUGCUCGAAUCUCACUCGAGGUACUAUGAGGUCGCAGAGCUCCACUUGUCAGAGAAUAGGCCCUUGGAAGCUGUCCGGGCAUUCAUCAAGGACGAAAGCAACGUCGAUUCUACUGUCCGUGCGGCCGAUACUAUAUUGGAAUACUUUUGGCGCAAAUGUUCCUUCAGAAUCACUGUAAAAUCCAAUGCUGAACCGAUGCAGCAUUUCAUAGCUCUUGCUGAUCAACUAGAGACGAACACACUAACGCCGACCACACGUGAUCUAAUAUCGAUGUUUCAAAACAUAUUGCGCAAAAAUCACGAGCCGUUGAGAAAUCUUGCGCUUGGCUUCCAUCAACAGAACAACCAGCCAGCAGCUCUCCUUUGCCUGGACCAUGUAUUCUCUCGAACCAUAGAUAUUCGAGCUUUUACGGUCGAUGAAAUGCGACGGUUCCUUCAACAGUUUCACGCCUAUGCGCGACUGCUCUAUCUAAUUUCGACCUUCCCCGACCCCAUGGAGCAUAGGGGUAUCCGGAGACUAUUCUCCAUCGUGCGGUUGUCCGGGGACAAGUUUCUCAUACCAAAUGGAACGUUCCUCCACAACAAAAUGAUGGAAGUCCGGCAGGGCAUCACCUGGGUAUCGGAAAAUCUCCCGUUUUCUCGCAAUGCCUGCAAUUCUUGA